AUGGCGGAGGCGGCUGCAACCGGGCGGGCGCCCCGCUUCUUCCAGCGGCUGCCCAAAGUGGAGCUUCACGCACACUUAAAUGGCUCCAUCAGCGAUGCCACCAUGAAGAAGCUGAUGGCGCAGAAACCCGACCUUGGGAUUCAAAAGGAAAUGGUCGUGAUUGACAAGGGGGCGAAAAGGACUCUGGAAGAAUGUUUCCAGAUGUUCCAGUUCAUACACCAGAUGACCAGCAGACCUGAAGAUAUAUUAAUGGUAACCAAAGAUGUUAUUCGGGAAUUUGCUGCAGAUGGAGUCAAAUACCUGGAAUUAAGGAGCACGCCCAGAGAGGAGAAAAGUACAGGGAUGACCAAACGAACAUACCUGGAAGCUGUCCUUGAGGGCAUCAAGCAAUGUAAGGAAGAGGGAUUGGAUAUAGAUGUAAGAUUUCUCGUAUCAGUGGACAGAAGCAAGGGGGCAGCUGCUGCCAAGGAAACGGUGAAGUUGGCGGAAGAUUUUUUGCUCUCCACCGAUGGCCUGGUCCUCGGUCUGGACUUCAGUGGGAACCCAAAAGCAGGACGUGGCCAGGACUUCUUGGAGCCACUUCUAGGAGCCAAGAAAGCUGGUUUGAAGCUGACGUUGCAUCUUUCAGAGAUUCCAAAGCAGGAGGACGAAUCUCGGCUGCUUCUGGGUCUUUCCCCGGACCGAAUCGGGCAUGGGACGUUUCUUCAAACAUCAGAAUUGGCCACACAGGACCUGGUGGAGCUCGUGAGGCGAAACAGGAUACCUCUAGAACUCUGUCUGACGUCCAACCUGAAAGCCGAGACUGUGCCCUGCAAGGCUGAACACCAUUUUGGAUUCUGGUAUCGCCUGGGUCAUCCUGUGGUCCUUUGUACGGACGAUAAGGGCGUUUUUGCCACCGAGCUGUCUCGGGAGUACCAGAUGGUGGCCGAGACCUUCCAGUUGUCUGACGAGCAAACCUGGGCGCUCUCCUCCCACGCCAUUGACCACAUCUUUGCGUCCAGCCACACCAAGACGAAGCUGAAGGAGCAGUGGCGGGCGCUGAAGCCAGCCCUGCUGGAGGAACUUCGCCGAGAAGCCCAGGACGCCAGUGGGAGGGUUUGUUGAGGGCUUGUCGGGGCCGGGUCCUGAAAGGGAG